AUGUCUGUUCCUGAUGUUAACAAUGCUGGUUUAUAUUAUAUAGUUGUUUCGAGCAAAAUACUUUUCGAUAGAUGGAAAUCUUAUCGCAAGAAAGAGAAUAGAUUUACUGUAAUGGGACCACCAAUUACCGAGGCUUCCAAUCCUAUAACAAAUAUAACAGACCUGCCACCUUCAAGCUUACCAACUUCAGAUUUACCAACUUCAGAUCAAUCUUCAAAUUUACAAGUACCUCCUAAAUUAACUUCAAUACCCGAAGAAAGUGAAACAACAACAGAGGGGCCUUCUGAAGUUGAUGAAGGUUCUAGAAUUGAUGCUGGUAAUAUUCGUGUUACCGUUGAUGUCAGAACCGAGGUUUUUGAAAGAGAUACUCAACAAGAUUAUGAGAUC